UCGAGGCCAGUUGGCGGUCGCAUUUGCCUCCACCACCACUUCCCCCGUUGGCCACCGAGUGCUUGUGUACUCUCGACACAACUUUGUCAAUCAAUAGUAGAGACAGAGAACAGUUCCGGUGGACCCCGAAAGCCUCCGCAUUUUCAUUCAUCCCUGUGGCCCCCCCUUAGCAUCAUUUCCCCGAAUAGUUGAUUGAGUUGUGUUAGGCAGGACAAGGGGGCGGACAAAUUGUCGGGGAGGAGUGGUAGCCAGGGUCAUUUGUUGUGAUUAGCACCUGCCCAACGACUCCAAGAGUGAACUGUCUUCCGGGUGAAGGAGGAGGCUGGCUUAUUGGGAACAGCUGGCCUGAGAUUUAUAAUAUCACGGAUAUCAGUCGGGGAACUGUCGAGGAUUGCCCGCGCAAUGGCACAGGAAGCCUCCAGGAGUGUCGAUGAGAAAAGCUACAUCUUGGACGCGAGAAAAAAUUAUGAGGAUGGCAACAGCUUGGGCACGGAUGACUCCUACGACGAUAUGAGACAGCUCGUGAGGGGGGAGGAGGAAGAUGAAUCGGGAAAAUUCUCUAGUCUGCCACUGGCGAGCUUUAAUUUCAUCAAUUCCAUCAUCGGCAGUGGAGUGAUUGGGAUUCCCUAUGCUCUACACCAAUCAGGCUUUGGCCUUGGGAUAGGUCUCCUGAUAGUCGUAGCAGUGCUCACUGAUUAUUCAUUGAUCCUCAUGGUCAGGAGUGGACAUUUGUGUGGAGAGAUGAGUUAUCAGGGACUUAUGAGGGCAAGUUUUGGACGGGUUGGCUUCUACAUACUAACAACCCUACAAUUUAUUUAUCCAUUUAUUGCCAUGGUAUCGUACAACGUUGUUGUGGGUGAUACAGUAACGAAAGUUAUUAUUCGAGUAUUUGGCCUGAGAGAAGACAAUAUAUUCGGCAAACGUGAAGUUGUUAUUCUGCUAGCAACAAUGUGGAUAACAGUGCCACUGUGCUUAUACAGAAAUGUAGCGAGACUAGCAAAAAUAUCUUUUCUCUCGCUCGUGUGUGUCGGCUUCAUUCUCCUCGCCAUUUUCAUCAGGAUGAGCACAAUGUCAGCCAUUGUGCCGGAGUCCACCGAUAGCUGGAGAUUCGCAUCGAUAAGGGGUGUCAUUCCCUCGAUAGGCAUAAUGGCGUUCGCCUUUAUGUGUCAUCACAACACCUUCCUCAUCUAUGGGUCUAUCGAGCGUGCGACCCAGCAGAAGUGGGACGUAGUGACCCACUGGUCUCUAUUCACGUCUUUCAUCGUGGCAAGUGCUUUUGGCAUCGCUGGUUACGCCACAUUUACGUCACACGUUCAGGGUGACCUCAUGGAGAACUACUGCUGGGACGAUGAUCUCAUGAACUUCUCGAGGGUAAUGUUCAGUGGCACCAUCUUGCUGACGUUUCCCAUCGAGUGCUUCGUCACACGCGAGGUGAUCCUCACAGCAAUAAAGGGAACCGACGAGACUGAGAAUCACGACAUGUACAUCGCCGGUUCCGAUCGCCGAUAUUUAAUCAUCACAAUGGGAAUAAUAACGGUCGCCUACUUCAUCUCGAUGACGACAGAUUGUCUCGGGGUUGUUCUUGAGCUGAAUGGAAUAUUGGCGGCUGUACCCCUAGCCUACAUUCUCCCAGCCCUGUGCUAUCUCAAACUGGAGAAUGGUGGACUUCUGUCACCUCAGAAACUCCCAGCCCUGGGCCUCUUCGUGGCCGGCAUUUUUGUCGCCAUUUCCGGUCUCCUACUCAUCAUCUUCAAUGACGAUAGGGAUGAGUCGUGCAAGCACGGCCAGAUCAUGAGCUAUUGUCUUAAAAAUUCAACAAUUUCCACGACCACUUCUGCUCCGGAAAUUACGACCACUAUUAAAGAGCUGAUCACGACAACUGCGCGAGCUAUUUCAAGUACUGUGGGCAUUACCGAGCAUCCUGAAAGCACCACUGUUGAUUCGCUUUUCAUCGGGACUACGACUCGACCUGAGAUGGCCUUGACAGGAUAAUUUGUCUUCCGGUUCGAAACAAAUGCCCACUAAUUUAUUUAUUUCAUUAUUUUAUUGGUGAAUUAUUGAAUUUUUUUUUAUUCUGCAGAAAAUAUGGAAUUCCAAAAGCAAAAACAAUUUGACAUUAAUUUUUGCUCGGAUUUAGUAGUCGUAGAAAAAUUACAGACGAAGCUUCUGAUAAAUUACUGACUCUAGUUUUUAAGCAAUAAUUUUUGUAGUAGGAUUUUUGGGUUUUUCUAUUGUUUAAAUUAAUGUACAAAAGAACUUGAGCUUCUAAUGAGGAACAGCAAAAUAUCGCCCAAAUAAAUCGUAGGGAACAUUGUUAACAAUGUUGUGACUAGAGCGAUUAUUAGUAUCAGAUGGGCGAAUGUGUAAUUAUCGGCUUAAUAACAUUAAUGACAAACUAAAGAAAGUUGUGGAAAAAAUUAUUGAUUGAUCCUGCAGAGUUGCAGGUGCACAAAGCAAUCAUUAAUGAAUUUUCUUCCAAUUGUUUUCGCAAUUUUUUUUAUCGUUAAUUCUUUUACUGAAAUUUCUGAUGCUUUCCUGGAUAUCUGUGAUGACAAUAUUAUUGACAAAUAAUUUUUUCGAUUUUGUUAUUUUUAUAUGAUUUGUUACAGAUGUGAAAUCAAAGUUUUCGUUCAUUUUUUGGAGAGAAUGGAGGGUGGGGGUGGCGCCGGUGUAAAUAUCGUUGGGUGGGGUUAUUACAAUUAAUAUUCCAAUGGCAUUGAAUAAUUAUCAAAAGCUUGACAGGAAUAACCGCGUAUGUGAGGGAAAAAUGAUCCCGCGAUUUAAAAAAUAAUUAUUUUUCUUAAAAAAAAUCAUCGAUUCGUUGAUUUCAAGCCUUUGAUGUAAAAUAUUAUUUAUGAAAAAUAAUAUACGAGGGAACUAUGAUAUGUGCCGUGUCGAGCGACCCGCUGACUAAUUAUUUAAGAACUUAGAUGCCAAAUGAAAAAUCAAAGAUGAAAAGAAAAUUGACGAAAAACUCAAUCAAGCAACUAGUCCUUCAUAAAUGGAGUAAAAUAUAUAAGAACAUUUUUUGUAUUUUUUUUCUUCUUGAAGAUGCUGACAACACGAUUUCAUUAAUUAUUUUAUGAAUUCCAGCGAAUUAAUUACGUAAUUUUCAGAGUGAUAUUUAUUCACGAGUUUUUCGUUCAAUUAUUAAAAAAUUACGAGUGGCAAUUCUCGUGGUUUACUCGACCAUUUCUCACUCUGUGAUAGAUUACGUUCCAAUCAAAAAAUACUAUACACGGGAGAUAAUUAAAAACUGAGCUAAUUACUUAAUUAAAAUGGAAUCAUUAAUGAAAUGAUUCGAGGAAACAAUUUCUGCGUAUUAUGUCCUCCAAUAACUCGGGCACGAGUGGAUCGAUCGAAAAAUGUUACUAGAAUUUUUUUCUGGGAAUUUGAUUCUCCUCAAAAAAUUGUUUAUCACUUUUUUCAAUAGAUUCACUUGUUGACGAGAUAUUCUUGUAAUAAACAGAGACCUCAAUCGUGGAAUCUACACCAAGGACGCAUGAACGAAAGUUUAACGGUAUAAUAUUGAUAUGAUAUAUUAUAAAUAUGUAAUAAUGUAUAAAAUUAUAUUAAUGUUCAGUCAUAUUGCAUUUGUUCAUGUUUAUGAGUGGAGCAAUAAAUUCUACGUGGUUGAAUAAAAAAUGAGAGAAGUUU